UUGUACCAAAUUCAACAGCAGGCCAGACUAAUCCUGGCUCUUAGGAGUCAGGGUAGUGAUUGGCCUUCGGAGGUGGGUGGUGGCUGAGCAGGGACACGGUGGGGGCUGGAAUGUUUUGUUUUGGGAUCCGGAUGCUGGUUACAUGGGUGUGUCUAGUUUAUAAAAAUUCACCAGCUGUACACCAGAGAUGUGCCCUUUUUUGUAGUGUGCUCUAUAUGAAUUCAAAAGAAUGUGUAUAGAUACAUAGAAUUACACGUAAUUGCAACAUGCAUAUACACAUGGACGUAUGCAUAUGUACACACCCCCACAAAUACACUCUGGAAUCAGACAGAAAGAUGGGUACUGUAAUUCUGGUCCUGUCACUUACUAGGUUUAUGGCCCUAGACAGGCCCCUGUACUUCACGGAGUCUCAUCUGUAAAAUAGGUUUAAUAAUAUCUCAAACAGGAGCACCGCCUAGCUGGCUCAUUUGGCAGAGCGUGCGACUCUUGGCUCUCGAGGUUGAGUUCGAGCCCCACAUUGGGUGUAGAGAUUACUUAAAAAAAAAUCUUAAAAAAUAUAAAAUACCUCACACAGACAACAAAAACACAUCAGUGCUGGUUGAGAGCACAUGGAUCAAGUACUAUUAAUAUUCUUGCUGUUGUUCCCUUUGGCGAUUGAGUCCAGGCUGGGGCGGGGUAGGGGUGGAGACACUGCUUCCAAGGAGAAGGGGGACCACUGGGAGAGCCAGUCUAAACUGAUAAGCGGAACAUGCUCAUCUUGCAAACUGCUGCAAAGGGAGAAAUCUAACCGUGUGCACUGCGGGGAGGAUGCAUGUGCCAGGCCUGCCUUGGGCCUCUGGGGGAGGAAGAUGGGGUAGUGCACACAGAACUGGGGAAAUGGAUCCUUUCCUGGAGAGCAGGGCCCUUCACUGUCGCUGGGCAAUCAAGACACCCAUGAAAGUUUAAACACCUUCUCAGGGCACACAGCUCCGGGCUGGGGAGCUGGGUCCUUGAGGAGGAAGCGGCCCUGAGGGUCAUUCUCCCCCUUGGGGAAGACUGGCACCUUCAGGAGGGUUGGGCUGGGUCCCAGGAUCCGUGACCCAGUAACCUAGAUUUAUUGCCUGAAGAGGGGAAAGGGCACCGGAGAAAGAAAACAGACUCCUGUUCCAUUCCAGACUCCACUACUUGCGAGCUGUGUGGCCUUGGGUGGGCCAUUCAACCUCUCUUUCGUUUUCCACCUCUGUAAAAUGGGGACAACUCCUACCUCAUACGGUUUGUUGCGAGGAUUUGGCAGCUUCCCUUCACAUGUAGAGUAAAAUCCAAAAUGUUAACAGUGGUCUCCAAAGCCCAGUGAUUUGGCCCGAGUACCACUCUGGUGUCAUCCCCUAGGACUUGCCCUCUUGUAUGCCUUGCUGCUCUUCAAGCAUGGCAAGCUCAUCCCACUGCAGGGGCGUUGCCCUUUUAAUUCCCCUGCCUAGAACUCUUUGCUGCCAGAUCUUGCUGCAGCCAUUGGAGCUCGGCUGAAAUGUCACUCUUUGGGAGGCUUUCUCCAGUCGUUUGGUCUAAAGUGGCCACCUCCAAGGCACUCACCAUCCCAUCACCUGGCUUUCUUCCCAGCACUUAACGACUGAAUGAAAAUAACUUGAUCUUGUAUUUAUUUCCUUGCUUACUCCUGUCUCCCCACCUUGACUGAGCUUCAGAAGGGCAGGGAGCUUAUCUGUCACUCAAAACACGCUUCCACAUGCUCACAUGCAAAGCUCCCACACUCAGGAUGGUCUUGCUGCCCCUGGCCAGCCAGUGUGAAAACCAAUCAGGCUGUUGGUGUGGGUUUUUCCCUGAGAGCAGAAGCCUUUUCCCAGCCCCUCCAGGUGCUGGCGGGAGCCCUGGACCUGCAGACAUGCUGGUGGAGAAAGCUGGAGAGGGCAGCCUGGCAUGGUCGCACAGGAUGUGAGGGUCUCCCACCUCCCUCUGGGGCCCUGGGGCUUCCGUAGGAGCCACAGGCAGGCCUCGGGGCCCAAUUUGCCACAGAGCUGGGAGGAACCAGGGACCGUGUUGGAUGUGUGAGUGUGGGUGAUAGGUGUGUGAGGAUGAGUGUGUGGCUGUGCCUGUAUGUGAAGUGUUGUGUAUGAGUGGGUGUGAGUGUGUCAAAGGUAUGAGCAUACUUGUGAUGGUGUGUGCAUGUGUGUGAGCACAGAAGGGUGUGUUUGAGUGCGUAUGUGUCUCACUGCGAAUGUGAAUGAGUGUAAACCCGUGCAUACACGGGGCGGGGGGGAGAGGCAAGCAUCAAGAAAAUAAAUGCUAACAAGCACAAAGAGAAAAUCUGAAAUCCCUCAUAAUCCAACCACUCAGAGAACCCCUGUUGCGGUGAACCCUGGGGCAGGCAGGUCGCCGCCCCUCUCUGAGCCUGUUUCUCCAACUGUAACGAGGGUGACAUACUACUACCUCGCUCAAAGCCUUGCUGUAUGGAUGAAAGGGCAGAAGGUGAAAGUCGGCCAACAGGAGUUACCAUUCGUGGUCACCUGUGUAUCCGGGCUAAGAGCUGGAGUCUCGAGGCCCCAGUCUUCCUCCCCACCCCCAUCCUCGCACCACGCUGAGCCAGGGACGGAAUUCUGGGGGCGGGAACAGGACUUCAUCCCCUACCCCCAGCCUUAGUUUUCCCCAUCUCAGCAAGAGGCCCAAGCUUCCUCCAGGGGCUUUGCAGACCUGGACCUGCGGGGUGCAUGGCGGACCAAGGCGGGGGUCCCCGAGGCAAGGGACGUAGCAGCUACGACGCGUCUCCCCGAGGUACCGGAGCACGCUCUAAAAGAAACACACUCAGCUCACACUGCGGCUGUGCAGAACCUGGACCGCGCCUUGCGGGGUGUCGCCGGCACCAGACCACACCCUGUUCCCCGCCCACACUCGAAUCCUUCGGCCCAGCCACCGGAAGUCACGGCGGACGGAGCGUUUUCGUGUCGACACUGCCCCGGGGCUCUCAGCAGCAAAUCCCGAGCCCGCGGCGGAGGCUCGAGGAGUGCCGGACAGGGACCCGGGAGGAAUGCUAAGCCCGAGCUCAGACGCACAGAACCGGCUAGCUGCUAGUUGGAGAGAGAGAUCGGACCCCAGAGCUCCUCUAACUGUCCUCCUGCCGCUGGCUGCCUCUUCAGAAACUCCGAGUAGAAAAGGGAGGUGGCAUUUAAGCGAAAGGCCUGGGGGGGGGGGGUUCCAAGUCCCAACUUGUCCCCGUCCUGUGAAGGUGUGACUCAGUUUGCCUAUCUGUAAAGGGGCGAUGGUCCCCGCCUCGUGGACGGGGAAACUGGGAGGCGGCACGAGAAGAGCACACGCUCUCAGCCGAGGCCGUCCGCCCCUCCCCUGGCCCGGGAGCGUCUCUGCCCCCCCGCAGACCGUUUUCUGGGGCGGAGUCUUCGUUCUCUUCUGCACUUGGGAACUUGGCACGGACCCUUGCCGCCGGUUCCACGCGGGGUCCACCCCGGUCCCCGGCUUGGCUCGGGGCGCGCCGGAAGUGCUCCUACGGAAGCCGGCGGGGCGGCGCGCGGCCCUUCACCAUGGCGACGGCUGGGGCCCCGCGGCGUUUCUGCCGCUGCGCCUGCUUCUGCUCCGAGAACUUGUACGUGGCGCGCUACGGGCUCCACGUGCGCUUCCGGGGCGAGCAGCAGCUGCGCCGGGACUACGGCCCGAUCCUGCGCAGCCGAGGGUGUGUCAGCCCCAAGGACUUCCAGCAGCUGUUAGGAGAGGGGCGAAGCGUAUCUACCGGCUGCCGGUGCUCACAGCACCAUUCUGCCAGGCCCUGCUGCAGGAGCUGGAGCACUUCGAGCAGUCAGACAUGCCCAAGGGAAGACCCAACACCAUGAACAAUUAUGGGGUGCUGCUGCACGAGCUAGGCCUGGAUGAGCAGCUGGUGACGCCCCUGCGGGAGCGCUUCCUGCAGCCACUGACAGCGCUGCUGUAUCCAGACUGUGGAGGGGGCUGGCUUGACAGCCACCGGGCCUUCGUGGUCAAAUACGCGCCAGGCCAGGACCGUGAGCUCGGCUGCCACUAUGAUAACGCCGAGCUCACCCUCAACGUGGCCCUUGGCAAGGCCUUCACGGGGGGUGCCCUGUACUUCGGGGGCCUCUUCCAGGUGAGUGUAUGUGACCCACGGCGCAGGGCCUGGGGCAGCCGGGAGUGCCCAGGCCUGAGUCCCGCUUCCUGCAGGCGCCUUCAGCCCUGGCCCGGCCCCUGGAGGUGGAGCACGUGGUGGGCCAGGGCAUCCUGCACCGGGGCGGCCAGCUGCACGGGGCCCGGCCCCUGGGCACGGGCGAGCGCUGGAACCUCGUCAUCUGGCUCCGGGCCUCUGCUGUGCGUAACCGCCUGUGCCCCAUGUGCUGCCGCAAACCUGACCUGGUGGACGACGAGGGCUUCGGCGACGGCUUCACCCGCGAGGAGCCCCCUGUGGUGGAUGUGUGCGCCCUGACUUGAGCCAGGCUGGGCCUUGUGGGGGUAGCAUGGCAGGCGAGGGCUCUGCCUCUUGGGUAGGGUAGGACAGGAAUAAACUCCCUGCAGCCCUCAGGCACUUCUUGGUUCAAAAGGACACAGCGGCUUCUGCGUCAUUCUUUCCCCAGACAGGCUGGCUUGGGUCAGGUUUGUCAGAGCCUGAGGUGGGGAUUCCUGGGCAGGUGGUUUGUUGAAGGAAAACCUUCAGGAGAAGGGUGUGAGGGAAGGACAGGGCGGGAAAGAGCUGGGCCAAGAUGUGGUUUCAAAGGGCAUCCAGCCCCAGCCCAAUCCCGCAGAGCACUCGAGCAUGAAUCUAGCAGUCUGCGCCCCCGCCCCCCCCCCCCCCCCCCCGCGUCAGAGAGGCUAUAGGGUGUCUCUGGGCUGCGGUGGGCGGUGGGUGGGGAGGUGGCAGUGACUUCCCAGAUAUCCAUCUCCAGGGCAGGUUGGCUCCCAUGACCAAGGGAACCUUCCAGAGAAGAGUACAGGUGAGUUAGGAACACACACCACAGCAGGGAUGGAGAGCAUCUGUCUAUAAAGGGGAUUUGGGUGAGCCACCAAUAGCAACUUCUAGUUGGUGAUGAGGGCUUAGCACAGCGGGGUUUAAGAGCAGGACUCAAGCCAGACUGCCUGGGCUCAGAUUCUGAUUCUGCGGCUUCCAGUGGUGUGACUGUGGGGCAGCCACGUGACCUCUUUGUGCCUUGGUUUCCUCUCCUGGAAAGAACCUAUCUCCUAAAGCUGUUGUGAGAAUCAAAUGAGUUAACGUUCAUAAAGUGCUUUACAGCAGCCCUCUGUGUUUGCUGUCAUUAUUAUUGAAAAAUUUGCAACUGGGCAGCUCCCAAACUGGGGGGAGUGCAGCUGUGCCGGGCUUGGGGGUGCACAUUUGCAAACCAGGGGUUUCCGUAUUGAAAUCUUGAGUUCUGGCUUCCCUGGGAGGGUGGGAGGAUCUGGAACACCAGGCCUCGUUCCACACUGGAGAAAUUGGCAGCAGAACCUCAGCUGCCCACUCCGGACACAGGCCUUCGGGGCACUCCCUCACAGGG